CAAAGACUUAUAAACAUUUACAUUUGCAACCUCAGCUUGCAGUGCCCUAUUCCAGAUCAGGACAUGGCGCCUUCCCCACUCCGAUCAUUUUUCACUCGCUCCAGCCACUACCAGGGUCAGGUUGACGUAUCAAAUCGAAAAUCUGGGCUCGGUAAGCAGUCACAAUCGAACGGAUUGCUUUACGAGGGUCAAUGGCGAUGUGGUUUAAGACAUGGAUACGGAAUAAUGUACCGGAAGUUGAAGGACACUGAACUGUAUGUUAAAAUUUAUGUCGGAGAUUGGGAGAAUGGGAAAAAGCAUGGACUUGGGAUCAAAUACUACAACCACGGAAAGUAUCUCGGCUAUUGGGAGCAGGAUCAACGUAGCGGCAAAGGAUUCAUGUGGUUCGACAAUGGAGAUUUCUACAUGGGGGAAUGGUUGAAUGAUCGUUUUCAUGGGUUGGGCGUUUUCCUUGAAAUUGGGGGCAAUCGAUAUCAUGGUCAGUUCAGUGGUGGCCUCAAGCAUGGAGAAGGACUUUAUCUUCACUCGAGAACGGGGCAGAUUCAGAGAGGAUUCUGGACCGACGGUGUCUUCAAAAUGGGUGAAAUCGAAGACUGGAACAGGAACCAAGUAAUCGAACCAACCAUUUAUCCCAUCCCGGAGAUCAAACUUGCAAAUUUCCCAGAAGUUUACCAAAGCUGGAUAGAAGAAUAUUCGAAAUCAUUCACAGUGUGAUGGCCCCGCAGGGUAACUUUCCAGUAUUUAUAUAUAUAUUUCCUCGAUACAAAGAAGGUGGCAGCACAAAACCAAUUCAGAAGUCUUCCUGGGCACGUUUUCCCCAAAGUGUGUGUAAGUGAGUAUCGAAUUGUGGGCGCGUGUUUCUUGCUCGAGUAGAUAAAUAUUGCGAAGAGGGAAAUUGUCAACAUUUAUCUGUGGGAUAACUUUCUUCCUGUUCUGGCAUGUCGGUCGGUCGGUCGGUCUAAGGUUGGUAGAGACGGCACCGGAGAGGAAGUCCCAAGAUUGUUCUUCCGUUGGGACGUGGUCAAACGUUCCCCCAAGAUUUAUGAUUUGUGUAAUCACCCGAGACGUGUGGUUUCUUGGGGGUGCGUGUGCUCGUUCGUGCGUGUAGGAUAACAGAAAGCUGAAGUUUAAAUGGUGCUCGACUUGCUGAAGUUCUGGAUGUUGAUUCCGUUUACGUGACGAUAGAGAAUAUUGUUUAAUAACGAUAAGAAAAUACUAAAUUGUACAAUCUGGAUGCACCUUCAU